AUGUUCUUCGCCAAUGGCUUUGUUGAAACGAACCGACGAGCGUCGCCAAUCGAAGAGAAUGAUAUUCUUCGUGAGCUUUUACUGGAUAAUGAUUUCGUAUCCCCACGACAGCUCCAGCCAACAACAGGAAAGAUGUUUGAAGACUACAUCGAAAGCAGCAAUUCAGCUUCAACAAUAUGGACCUCCAAGCGCAACAACCAACAAGUAGAUGUUUCGUUCCCGCAAAUCUGCUUUGACAACUCGCUCCACUUCACACGUUUACAACCGUUAUCCACCCGUAGCUGUGCAAUCUUGUCGCUACCAAACCAAUCACCAAUGUCAGCUUCUGCCGUCAAUGCUAUUGUCUCGCCACCGCGCGUAUUCGGGCAUGACUUUGCUCGUCUUUCUCAACCGUUUUUCUAUGACAAUUUGUCAAUUGAUUCGGACAUGCGUGGGAUGAAGUCGGAAAAGUCGACGGUAUCGUUUCUGACGUCUUGCCUUCCUCCUACACCACUGCCCAUGUUGUCAAUGCCGCCCUUUAAGAAGAAUAAACUUUCGGUUGCUACCGUCGCAUCAAGCAGUGAACGAAAACAAUUGCGUUGCACACACCCGGACUGCCCGAAUCUUCGUCGAUCAGCAGGGUUCUGCAAUCGCCAUAGUGGCAAGGUGUGCAGUAUGUGCGGCUGCAACAAGUCUGCACUCAGCCGAGGAAAGUGCCCCGAGCACGGUGGUGGUUCGCGCUGCAAGAAAGAUGGGUGCUCCAAAUUUGCCCAGACACGGGGACUAUGUAAAUCCCAUGGUGGCGGCCGGCAAUGCAACGUCACUGGCUGCAUCAAGAACGCCCACCAAAAUCGAUUAUGUCGUUCGCACGGCGGUGGCAAGCGGUGUGACUACUUUAACUGCCCCAAGUGGGCACAACGUUCAGGAUACUGCUGCGCCCACACCAAGAUGAGUUCCAGUGGCACUUCAACAUCAAGUGGCGAUUCCCAACAUUCUCACUCCAACAUACCAGCAGCAAUAGUCACGUCGUCACCAGCUUCGUCUCUAUCUAUGUUCUCUGCUCCUGUACCGUCGCCGACGUUGCUGUCCCCGCAUCGUCUUUUCUCCUUGCUCCCGUAA